AUGGAGCGGUACCAGCAGGUGAAGCAGAUGAUGUACGAGCUGAUGGAGCAGCGCUCGCAGCUGCUCUCGGGGACGCUGCCCAAGGACGAGCUCCUGCAGCUCAAGAAGGAGGUGACCGGCAAGAUCGACUACGGCAACAGGAUCCUCGCGCUGGACCUGGUGGUGCGGGACGAGGACGAAAACAUCCUGGACCCUGACAAAACCAGCAUCAUCAGCCUCUUCCAGGCGCACAAGAAGGCUGCGCAGACUAUCACACAGCGCAUCCAGGAGGAGACGAGCCUGCAGCAGAGCGCGCUGGGCUGCAGCGCCCACCUGGCAGCUUCGCCCUCCCACAGCCUCUACCUCUGCGUGCGCAACUUCGUCUGCAACAUCGGCGAGGAGGCACAGCUCUUCAUGGCGCUGUAUGACCCCGGCGAGCAGCGCAUGAUCAGAGGCACGCAGCUGCAGGGGACGCUGGGUGUGUGGUGCGAGCACCGGGCAGCCAGCUCUGCCCUGGGGCAGCUGGAGAAGCACAGGGCGAGGAGGAGAAAGCCUGAGGGGCAGGUGGCCUUCGGGCUGUGCCCCAGCACGGGACCCUUCCCUGCACUGGGGGCUGAUGCUGUGAUGGACAUCACGGACAUCACCAAGGGAAAGUGCGAGAGCGACGAGGACAAGCAGCACUUCAUCCCCGUGCACCUGGUGGCUGCUGACAACGAUUUUCUUCACAACAUGAUCAGGAAAGCAGUGGAGGGGAAGGACAUCAACCACAAGGGACAAGGGUUCUGGGUGUCCCUGAAGAUGCUGUGGGGAGACUUGAGCCAAGCGCGGAAGGACCAUCCCCACCUCGUGGACCGCAGCACGGUGGUGGCACGCAAGCUGGGCUAUCCAGAGGUCAUCAUGCCAGGAGACGUCAGGAACGACAUCUACCUGACGCUGGUGCAGGGCGAGUUUGACAAAGGGAACAAGAAGACGCAGAAGAACGUGGAGGUGACAGUGUGCGUCUGCGACGAGUCGGGCAGCGUGGUGCAGAACGUGAUUUACCACGGUGUGGGGGACAAGCCGGCGAGCGAGUACCGCUCUGUGGUCUACUACCAGCAGCGGCACCAGCGGUGGAUGGAGACAGUGAAGAUUGCUGUUCCCAUUGAAGACGUCCACAAGACCCACCUGAGAUUCACCUUCCGGCAUCGCUCCUCCAGUGAAAACAAAGACAAAAGCGAGCGGAUUUUCUCCAUGGCCUUUGUGAAGCUGAUGCGACCGGACGGCACCACGCUGCGUGAUGGGGAGCACGACCUGGUUCUGUACAAGGGCUCCAGCAGGAAGCUGGAGGACGCCGAUGCGUACCUGACCCUGCCCUCCGUGAGGAACCUGUCGGAGCCGAAGCUCCUCUCCGGCUCCUCCUUCCGUGUGAGCGGGGGCACGUCGGGCUUAACCAUGUCAGCCCGGGACAGCUUCCAAAUCUCGACGCUCGUCUGUUCCACGAAGCUGACUCAGAAUGUCAACCUGCUGGGGCUGCUGAAGUGGCGCUCCAAGCCCAGCCUCCUCUCCAGGAACCUCCAAAAGCUGAUGAACGUGGAUGGAGGGGAGGUCAUCAAGUUCCUCCAGGACACGUUGGAUGCCUUGUUCUCCAUCAUGAUGGAGAAUUCGGACACGGAUGUCUAUGACACGCUUGUCUUUGACGCCCUGGUUUUCAUCGUGGGGCUGGUGGCUGACAGGAAGUUCCAGCAUUUCAACGCCGUCCUGGAGGCCUACAUCCGCCAGCACUUCAGUGCCACGCUCGCCUACAAGAAGCUGAUCUCGGUGCUGACACAGUACGUGGAUCACGCGAGCCGGGGGGAGCCCUGUGAGCUGCUCAUGCGCACCUUCAAGGCCUUGGAGUACAUCUUUAAGUUCAUUGUCCGUUCCCGGCACCUCUUCGCCCAGCUCUACGAGGGAAAGGAGACGGCCGAGUUCCAGUGCUCACUGCAGCGGUUCUUCCUCUCCCUGAACCAGCUGAUGAAAUCCCCACUGGAGGGUCCCACGCUGCUCUCCCAGGGAGCAGCCCUGAAGUCCCUGCCUUCCAUCCUCGAGGAUGUGUUUGGGAUCUUCGACUCCUCUGCGCUGGGGGCCUUGCUGCGGGACUUCAUUGGGAACCUGCCGCCCCAGCGCCUGCUGAAGCAGAAGCUGCAGUCCCUGACCGACAUCGUCAACAGCAAGAUCUUCCAGUCCUACGAGUGCCGGGAGCUGCUGCUGCAGAUGGCUGUGCCCAUCCUGCAAGAGCUGAUCGAGAAGGGGGAGGAGGAAGAUGCCUGCAUUGAGCUGCUUAGCAACAUCCUGGAGGUGCUGUACAAGGCCCAGAAGGUAAAUCCCGUGAAGAAGCACAUCCAGCUGAUCCUGGAGCGGCUGCUGCACACUGUCAAUCGGAGGGUGAUCAUCCUGGACCGGGAGAACGCCCUGCGGAGUCACUAUGUGGCCUGCAUGGCUGCCAUCCUGAGCCAGAUGGACAAGGACCUCUACAGCUCCUACAUCAAGGCGUUCCCCUCCCGGCCCGAGUUGAUGGACUUCCUCAUGGAGACCUUCAUCCUCUUCAAGGACCUGAUUGGCAAGAUGGUGUACCCCUCCGACUGGAUGGUGAUGAACAUGGUGCAGAACCGGGAGUUCCUGCGUGCCAUCAACCAGUUUGCUGCGACCUUGACGGAGAUGUUCCUGAGCAACAGCAGCUUCGAGCUGCAGCUUUGGAACAACUAUUUCCACCUGGCCGUGGCUUUCCUCACCCAGGACUCCCUGCAGCUGGAGAACUUCUCCCAGGCCAAGCGCAACAGCAUCCUGGCCAAGUAUGGAGACAUGAGAGCCACAAUCGGAGCUGCCAUUCGGGACAUGUGGUACAACCUAGGCCAUCACAAGAUCGAGUUCAUCCCAGGCAUGGUGGGCCCCAUCCUGGAGAUGACGCUCGUGCCGGAGCUGGAGCUGCGCAAGUCCACCAUCCCCAUCUUCUUCGACAUGAUGCUCUGCGAGUACCAGCUGACCGAGAGUUUCAGCCGGUUUGAGGACGAGAUCCUGCACAAGCUGGACAGCGAGGUGGAGGGCGGUCGGGGAGAUGAGCAGUACAAGCAGCUUUUUGAGAGCAUCCUCCUCAGCUGCUGCCAGAGACACCCUGAACUGGCCAAGCCCGGGGAGAACUUCGUCGCAGUGGUGACCGGGCUCCUGGAACGGCUCCUCGACUACCGGGCUGUUAUGAAUGAUGAGAACAAAACCUACAGCAUGAGCUGCACCGUCAACCUCCUGAACUUCUACAAGGAGAUCGACCGCCAGGCCAUGUACAUCAGGUACCUGUACAAGCUGAAGGACCUGCAUGUCAGCUACGAGAACUACACGGAAGGAGCCUACACCCUGCUACUGCACGCCCGGCUCCUCAAGUGGUCGGAUGAGGCGAACACAGCCCCCAUGCAGGGCUUGCACAGCCCCAGCCUGCACACCCAGCGCCAGCUGAAGGAGGCUCUCUACAACCAGAUCAUCGACUACUUCGACCAGGGCAAGAUGUGGGAGGAGGCCAUCCACAUCUGCAAGGAGCUGGCGGAGCAGUACGAGAGUGAAGUCUUCGACUACGAAAUGCUGAGUGACAUCCUGCAGCGGGAAGCCAAGUUCUACGAGAAGAUCCUGAAGGUGCUGCGGCCCAGCCCAGACUACUUUGCCGUGGGCUACUACGGGCAAGGCUUCCCCACCUUCCUCCGGAACAAGGUCUUCAUUUACCGGGGCAAGGAGUAUGAGCGCCGGGAGGACUUUGAGAUGCGGCUGCUGAGCCCCUUCCCCAACGCUGAGCAGCUGAAGAGCACGUCUCCACCCAGCCAGGACAUCACCGGCUCCCCGGGCCAGUAUAUCCAGUGUUUCACCGUGCAGCCAGUGGAGGAAGCCAAGGUCCGGUUCAAAGACCGGAGCAUCCCAGAGCAGAUCACCAAUUUCUAUAAAGCCAACCAUGUCCAGAAAUUCAGCUACUCGCGGCCCUUCAAGAAAGGCCCAAAGGAUCCAGACAAUGAAUUUGCAACCAUGUGGAUCGAGCGGACAACCUUCGUAACAGCAUACCCCCUGCCCGGCAUCCUGCGCUGGUUCGUGGUGACCUCCACUACCACGACCAUCAUCUCCCCCCUGGAAAAUGCCAUUGAGACCAUGAUGAAAACGAAUGAGAAAAUUAUGAGCGAGAUCAACCGGCACCAGAACGACCCCAGCCUGCCCAUCAACCCACUCUCCAUGCUGCUCAACGGCAUUGUGGACCCUGCUGUCAUGGGUGGCUUCGCCAAGUAUGAGACGGCCUUCUUCCAGGAGUCCUACCUGCAAGAGCACCCUGAGGAUGAGGGGAACAUCGAGAAGCUGAAGGACCUGAUCGCCUGGCAGACCCCGCUGCUGGCAGAGGGGAUCCGGAUCCACGGGCGGAAGGUGACGGAAGACCUGCGGCCCUUCCACGAGCGCAUGGAGCAGUGCUUCAUGCAGCUGCAGGCUAAGGUGGAGAGCCAGUAUGGGGUCCGGGAGAUGGUCUGCUUUGAGGACCGGCGGAGUGGACGACCCCGGUCCGUGGCCUGGGGACCCGACUGGGACCGGCUGAGCCAUGCUGGAGACAGCACGGAGGCACCCCCGACCCCAAAGCCUGCCCCUCGCACCUCCGAGAGUGAGGACCGCAGGAACGAGCGCAAGGAGAACCGCUCCAGCACCUUCUUCGGCCCCUACAGCCCCAAGCAGCACCCAGCCCUUGUCUCCACGAGCAGGGCCGUGCACCCACCCCAGCAGUGCAGCUACCAGCACCCCCCGCCCUGCACCCCAGCACAGGCACCCUCACCCCCUUGCCCCAUCCCCACAAUGGCGCAGGAGAAGCGGAGACUCUCCCGCAGCAUGACCGAGAGCAGCCUGGGCAGCUCCGAGGGGACACAGCCUCUGCCAAGCCGAGACACCACUGGUGCUCAGCCCAGCACUGCAGGCAUCCCCAUCGCCGACAGCGGAUGGAAAUAA